GCCGUGUGCGAUACUGAUCGUCUUCGUCAAUUUCUUAAGUUUUUUUUUGUUCUCUAAUCCAUGGUUUCUUGGAGGUACCAUCGAUUUAGCUGCUGAAUUCGUUUAGAAGCAACUGAAUUUUGGAGAGCCCCCAAUUUUGAUUUUGUUUUAGCGUUUCCCGAUCUGGGAAUUGGGUUUCAGCUCCAAAGGUGUAAUGCCCAUAACUGUUAUUGAGGACGAGAGUUUAGGGUUUUUACAGUGCGAGUGAAUUUUUGAUUUAAAGGCACAAACUUUACCUUUUGGUCGGAACUGGGAAGGGGGGGAAUCAGACAUGAUUCAGUUACUAUUCCUGGUUCUGUUCGUAGAAGGUGCGAUUGCGUUCUUACUACUGGUGAAGAUUGGUCCUUUAAGGGAGCUUGUAAUGAAGAGCUUAGACCAGCUUAAAUUGGGGAAAGGUCCUGCUACUGUGAAAACCAUCGCUGGAACCAUGUCUGUGAUCCUCUUGUCGAAUCUCAUGAAUAUCAUCAAGAUCCAGAACAAGGGUGCCAAACUUGGGACAAUGUCUCCUAUGGAUCAAGUUCUCUGGAGAACACACUUGCUUGAGGCUUCUCUUAUGGGUGUUGUGCUCUUUUUUGGCUUCAUCAUUGACCGGACACAUCAUUACCUCGAAAAGCUAAUCACUUUAAGAAGCAAUGUCGGGUCAUCGAAAGGAGAACUGGAACAACUUAGGAAGGAGAGAACCGAACUGAAGGAGAAAGAAGAGAAGACAUCCAAGGAAAUUAAGCAGCUGAAAGAAAAACUGUCCUGUGUUUCAGAGAAUCUGAAGAAAGCAGAGAAGGAAUCCAAAGAGAAAGAAACGAAGCUUGAAACAGCUGAAGCCCAUGUGACAGCUCUUCAAAAGCAGUCUUCAGAGCUAUUGUUGGAGUAUGACAGAUUGCUAGAAGACAACCAGAAUCUCCAAAGCCAGAUUUUGAUAGAAGACUGUAUAUUUUACAUCGCAGGCACUGACAAAAUCGACGCAAGAGAGAGUUCGAGCAAGUGCUGUGGCAUCUGCAACUCUAGGAAAACACCGAUGGAAGAAACCUCCGAUCGUCUGAAUCCGGGAAUCACGCCGGAGUUUGAUCCGAAGACUAUGCGUUCUACCAAACCUGGAUUGAAGCGUCUCUUCAUCACCACCUCUGUACUCUUUUCAUUCCUUUUAGGUGUGCCAUUUCUGUGGAAGUCAGUGGAAAUAUAUCGCUCUCCGUUACCGUUCCACGACAUCGAUUCGCUCUCCGAUCAAAUUAAGUCUACUCCUUUGCGUUUCCCUUGCAAUUUCCACGCUGUAUUCGUCGGUUUCCAAUCGACGGAUGCAGAGACUUUGCGAUCUCAGAUACAAGAUGGUAUAAAUCAGUUAACUCAUCAAAAUUCACAAUGUGGUUCUUGCGAUUUUUCCCUCUCUGUCACCGUCCAGAACCGAGAUGACCAGUGCUCUGAAUCACUUGCGCACAGUGCUACUACGUGCUCUUACCGCUGUGGAGUUAUCAAGAGAAAUGAUUUUGGUGUUGGAGUGGAUGAUACAGUGGAUGAGUCACUGAAUCAUGUGUUUAGUGGCUGUUCUGAGGAGAGUGGGAAAAUGUACAGUGUUGUUGUGGUGAAUAAAGAGAAUGCCAAUGGUGGAGAUGAGGUAAAGGCUGUGGUGGGCAAGCGAAGGCAUGCGUGGAUUGUGGGGAAUGGAUUAGAAGAAAGAUAUGGUGACAUGGUGGCUAGAGUUUCUGAGAUUUUCGUUAAGGUGUUUAUGAAUGGUGGGAGAGAAGAAGACUCAAUUCAGGGAGAGUUUAUGCCUGUUGGAUCAGAUGGCAGGAUUGUUCUUUCGUUCAGUCUAUUAAAUUCUAAUCCACGUGAUUGGGUCUACGAUUGGGACUUUCAAAGGAUAGACGAGGCAUUGUUGGCUCCAGUGACUAAGGCCUUAGCACCUAUAGCUAAUAUAAGUGUUGAAAGUCAGGUUUUGUAUCAUACACCGAAGUCUUCGUUUUCAUCUUGGGAUAAAAAACUUCAUAGCUACGUCUUUAGGACCAGUGAUCUUCCCUUUUUCGUGAAUUCGAACGAAUGGCACUUGGAUACUUCUGCUGGAGCCAGUGGACGGUCCAAAAUACUGCAAUUUGUGGUAUAUAUUCCAUCCGGAAAAGAAUGCCCUCUUCUUUUGCAGUUACCAAAUGGGGAGAUAUCUAAAACAAAUGGCUUCAUAUCUCCGAUGUGGGGCGGUGUGAUUGUGUGGAACCCGGGAAAUUGUGACAAGGACUCUGAAAGCCCAAGUAGGAACACGAUAUCGCCUCAGGAUCUCGAGCAAAUAGUUGAAAUUUUCUUGGGACAAUUCCGACAACUAUUUGGCUUUAAGUCUGAAGCCAUUUAUACCAGUGGAUUGGGCACUUACAAGAUUUUACCUAGUGAAAGAGGCUUUACAGAGUGGGAAUUGGAUGUCUUGUCACGGAAGCACACAUGCUUCAAUCUCCAUUCUUGUUCAACAACCCUCGGUUCUCUCUCUAGAUUGGUUCGGUCACUCCCCAGGAUGAUUAUCAAGGAUGAAAUUGGAGAACAAGUGAAAUAUUCUCUGAAAGCAGCAAAGUUGGCUCAGUCUAAUGCUUCUUUGGGAGGAUACAGUUCUUCAGCCAGUUCAUCGAGAGAAGCAAGGUCUCUAGCCGAGAAUGCCUUCUUCCAUCCAUCCAUCAUGUCCGUCAGCUACUUCUCUUAUGAACAUUGCUUUGCAGUGUACUCGCCAUUUUUCCUGCCCGUGGCAGGACACGUUGUCCUUGCAGCACUACGAGAAUGGAAGAGAUACAAACAAGAGAAGGCAAAGUACUUGACAUGGCUAACCAGAAAGAAGACGGCCUAGGACUCUUUAGCAUACCACAGAUUCUCUGUAACUUUCUAAGUUUUUGGCUCACUGAAUACAAAAUUAUGAUAACA